CACUCCAUCGAAAGGUAGCAAUUCAGGUGUCAGUUAUGUUGCAACAUUUCAAGCAAUGGAUCAAGUGUAUGUGUACCUGUCUUGUAAGACCGCAUACCUUUGAUACGAUAGAUCUCACACAUCCUGCUGUGCAGUUACCAGAAGAGACUGUUAUAGAAUCGUAUCUUCAACAAUGCUAUUAUGUGCAAUCGGUAAUGUUAUACCCUCCAAGUGGAGCUAUGGAUGCACCGAAGUACACUUUGAUUCCAAGAGCAAGCCAGUCAUUAAAAACCUUCCAAGAAAUCCCCAUGUUGGUCAUUUUCUUGUAUCAGCACCACAAAGCAGGAGUACAAGCCGAGGUAGGGGCCAGCAAAAUCUUCCACAAAAGCUCGAAUCUAUCUCGCUCUGAAAUUUCUUUCCUCAUUUUUCAGGCCAUGGAAUUUCUGCUUUGCUGUCUCGACUUUUUGAGCAUACAAAUAUCUGCUGAACAGAAAGCGGAUGAGAAGUAUAACAAAACUCUAGCAGAUGAUUUCUACACCGCACAAUCGAAAAUGCUUGCUUACCUGAGCAUUAUGGGAAAGAUACGCGAGUUUAUGGAGCAGAUCUUGGCAAACGGUGAUAGAUUCAUCAACGGUGUACUCAGCCUCCUAGAACAAUGUCCAGCCGAACUGAUUGUUGUGAGAAAAGAUGUCUUGAUCACACUGAAGUUUUUCUUCAUCUCUGAUCUCCGCCCAAAAUUUAUCCAGCUUCUACCUCGGUUGCUAUCUGAAGUCGCCCUUAUCGGCUCUGGAUAUACAGCAGUGGAUCACUUGAGCGUAGCUUUCGUCUUCUGCCGCGAAAUGCAUGAUAAUCUUUUACCAUACCAGAUACAAGUCAUAUGUGCCAGAAUGCUGAGCAGUGUGUUGGAAGGGCUGACGAAGCAUGCGAAAGAAGGUGAAGCGGAAUCAUGGCACUAUGAAAAUGGAGGAAAGAUAUUUAUCCGUAACUUACAUGGUAUCGAUGGUGAAUUGUGGACCCGUGAUCUCAUCCUUAUGAUCUUGGAAAGUCUUGUUGUGAAGCUGAAAAUGAUUGCUGUUUAUCACUUACCACUACUCUUCAAGCAACAUGCUGCAGAAAUCAAUUAUGAUUACAAAUCGUGCGAUAGAGAUGGUUCUCUGCUCAGCUCAGAGACUCUGGAAAACGAAAAGAGCGAUGAUGUUAUACGAGAAGAAGUUCGUAGAUGUUCAAUUGACACUGCACCUGAAAUGGAGAUAGGACCUGCUGAACCACCUCAACCUCCAGCACCCACAUUACCCCCGCCGAAGGAGAAUGAGCACAGAAAAUCAAGUCCUAGCACUAUUCUCACUCAG